CGGAUGUUGUCAAAGAUGACGAAAAGGAAGUGGUCCAUGCAAAGUGUCAAAGAUGGCGGCACACAUGUCAAGGCGAAUGCUGCUUAAAUAAUAUACACAGUUAUACUGUUUUCUCUAUGGUAUGAGUCGCUAAAGUGAAUAAUCAAGUAUAGACUGCACUUUAUUACUCAUAUAUGACCACAUAAGGAACGAGAGGAUGGCAGUUUUGGGUGAUUUAUGUCGAACCGUGCGGUUAUUACUAGGUCAAAUUCAAAGGUGCGGGCAGAGUGGGUCAGCAAUCAACCAAUAUCAGAAAUCAGUCCGUUGUAUGAGCCUGGCGGCGCCCAAGCUUCAGCCCACUGUAGAUGAUAAUGAAGCCGUGAACCCGACAUUUGUGAACAGAAACCCGCGGAACCUGGAGCAGAUGGCUCUAGCGGUGAAGGACAGGGGCUGGAGAACAACCUGGCCGUCCCAAAAGUUCUACCACAGGUUGGUUUUCUCUCGCUCCCAGCACUAUGUAACAGCUGAGGUGUUUGCCAACGGUGAUGCAGUCCCUGUGCUGUCGUGUUCCACCAAAGAGUGGGCCCUGAAGCGUGAGCUGGGUUCUACCCGUUGUGUGGCAGCCAGCCAGGCUGUGGGUGAGGUGCUAGCACAGAGGUGUCAUCAAGCUGGCAUCACAAGGAUGGUGUACAGACACAUCCCCUGGCAGUAUCGCUCUGAUGCUGUAAGUACGGGUGGGGGGUUGUGACAUCCCUUGACAGUACUGGUAGAAUGCUGUUCAGUCCUUCCGGACAGCAAUGAAGGAGGGAGGCGUCACCCUCAGUGAACCGCGGCAGAAAUUCAUCGGGAACUAAACUGCAAAGGUUCCUAAUAGCCUAUAAACAAAAUAUUCUCCCUGUUUGUGUUGACACAAAAUGGCCCAUUUUCAAUUUUAUUUACAUUGUGUAAUUCAAUAAAAAAAAGGCAGACAAAUGAACGUGA